AACAAUUCUGGUGGAGUAGUUGUAUCUCAUUCCGGUGUUAAGUUUUUGUUUUUUGUGAUUUUGGUGAAAUGCAAUCUAGUGUCGGAUUUAUAGACAAGCUUCGAUGGCGUUUAAAUGUCCUUGGAAAUAAAUAUACUCAAUACCGUCUAUCUACCUAUGAGACUGCCAUUGUCGAAACGGAGUAUGGCAAAGUGAAGGGCCUGAAACGUAAUACAAUCUAUGAUGUACCGUAUUAUAGUUUUGAGGGUAUACCCUUUGCUAAGCCCCCGGUGGGAGAGUUGCGCUUCAAAGCUCCGCAACGACCAGACCCCUGGGUUGGUGUACUUGAUUGUCUCAAUGCCAAGAAUAGAGCUGUACAAUUGCAUAUGAUAACAAAUAAUGCGGAAGGAUCAGAAGAUUGUCUGUAUUUGAAUGUAUAUACAAAAGAUCCAAAAUCUGAUAAGCCACGUCCGGUCAUGGUUUGGGUACACGGUGGCGGUUUUGUUGUAGGCGAAGCUAAUCGCGAUUGGUUUGGACCUGAUUAUUUUAUGGAGAAAGACGUUAUAUUAGUUACCAUUCAGUACCGCUUGGGUGUUUUUGGCUUCCUAUCACUCAGCACGCCAGAGCUGAAUGUACCCGGUAAUGCUGGACUUAAAGAUCAAGUGUUGGCACUGAAAUGGAUCAAAAGUAAUAUAGCUAAUUUCGGUGGCGAUCCAAAUUGCAUAACUGUAUUUGGUGAAAGUGCUGGUGGUGCCGCAACGCAUUAUCUUAGUAUUACAGAACAGACUAGAGGACUCUUUCAUCGUGCAAUUUUAAUGUCAGGCACUGCAAUAGCUCCUUGGGCAUUGAACGACUUGGACGGAAAUGCCUAUUCUCUAGCUAAAUUAGCAGGAUAUAGUGGUGUAAAUGAUGAGACAAAAUUGUUAGAAUAUCUGAAGAAUUGCAAUGCAACCGAUUUGGCUAAGUUAGAAAUUCAAGUGUUGACCGUAGUAGAAAUGAAAAGAAAAACUCUCUUCCCUUUUGGACCUUGCGUGGAGCCCUACGAAACACCUGAGUGUGUAUUUGCCAAAAGUCCACGUGAACAAAUGAAGACAGCAUGGAGUAACUCAAUACCGAUUUUAUCUGGUAACACUUCUGCGGAAGGAUUAUUAAUGUUACCAUUUAUUAAGGCAAUGCCUAGCGCACUGAAGGAAUUGGAGACAUGCCGCAACUUUGUGCCCUUUGAAAUCAUGGAUGAUGUGGAUAUUGUUGAAAAUUCUAAAAAAUUGAAAAAAAUACAUGCAGAUAGUAGUGAUUUAUCAAUUGACGAAUGUAUGGAUAUCAAUGCAUAUUAUCUCUUCCAUUUACCGCUAUAUCGUGUUCUUUUGUCCCGUUUAACAUAUGCUCCGAGCGCUCCUACAUAUCUAUACCGCUUCGAUUUCGACUCGGAAGUACUAUCGUUUCCAUAUCGCAUUUGGCGUUUGGGACGUGGUGUUAAGGGUGUUUCGCACGGUGAUGAACUUAGCUACCUCUUUUCCACUGCAAUUACAUAUCGUCAGCCGAAAGAUAGUCCCGAGUAUAAAACAAUACAACGUAUGAUUGGAAUUUGGACACAAUUUGCCGCGACUGGAAAUCCAAAUGCCAAAGAUUUGCAAGGCAUGGAAAGAGUUGUUUGGGAACCAGUACGUGAAUCUCAACCAUCAUACAAGUGUCUGAAUAUUGGUGAGAAAUUGGAAUUUAUUGAUUGGCCAGAAAUGGAGAAGGUUAAAGUGUGGGCCAGCACAUUUGACAAAAAGAAGGAGCUAUUAUUUUGAAUAUACUGCUCCUUUUCGACAGUAUUCAAUAAAUGUUGAGAAAUCUAUAUUUUAUUUAUCUUUUAUAACUACUUAAUAAGAUAUAAAGUAAUUUUCUAUAUUUUUUUAAAUGACAAUUAAAUUUUUUCAAUAAUAAAAAAAAACAGUCUCGCAAAAA